AUGCAAAAAAAAUUUUUUAAUGCAAACAGUGCAGAAGGAGUUGGGUACGAGCCAGUCGCCAUACCGCGGGAAAAAUAUGCGAAGGUGGUGCGCGGGAGAAACAUCUUUUUGGCAACGUGUUUUGGUGGGGCUGCCUUAGUGUGGGGGAUUAGCCUGAUUCCGCAGUGCCUUAUGUACCGCUCCUUGAGGCGCAUGUACGGGACUUAUUGCCGUGGUCGGGUAUUGGAUCUGACGCCAAAAAUAGCGGAUGCCAAGGAUGUUAGUUUUUAUGAGAUGUCGAAGGCAGUUCGUGUGGAGUUUAUCGUAGAUCAAAAGGUCGUUGAUGAUGGACGAUACAAAAUUGAUGAGUCCCUUCCUGAAGCCGUGCAGGCGGAACGGCGGAAGGCCAUGACGUUGGAUUUUAUGGUCAAAAACGAUUACAACUGGGUUGGGAGUACAAUUGUUUUUGAUGUAGUUGAACGGAGGGAAACAGAACUGCCUGAUUUUCGCAAGUACGACACUGUCGUGAUCCGAAAUGAGCUCUUAAAUAGAACUGAAGAGGAUGCGCAUCAGAUGUUGAAAGCCGCCUCAACGUAUGUCAGAAAAGACGGCUACGUACUACUGAUGGAUUUUGGGAGACCCUCUUGGCCCACACUCCUGUCGCUCGUGCGCUGGUUCAACUCCGUGACGAGGAGCUCCAUGCAUCUAACACACGACUAUAACAAGUGGAUCAGGGAAGAUGGUCUUUAUUCGCUGGUGGAAGAGCACAGAUGCCUGAUGGGGUUCCAUUAUGCGUUGGCUCUCCAGCCAAAAUCAUGA